AUGUCUCCACGACAGGACAUCCGGGACGUGAGGAGACGUUUUCUCUUCAAAGACUUGUACUGGAACCACCAGUACAAGUGGGUGCGCAAGUACGUACGUACUUGCGAUGUUUGUCAGCGAGUGAAGCCUGCACCUCACUCGCAGGCUCAUCUGCAACCACUGCUGACUCCGUCUGAGUGUUGGGAGCCCGUUUCGAUGGACUUCGUGUUUACCCUUCCGCGCGAUUCCAGACGGAAGACUGGUAUUGUGGUCUUUGUUGACCGCUUCAGCAAGAUGGUGCUUCUCGUUGCUGUCGCAGCGGAGGUGACCUCCGUACAGACGGCACGUCUGUUCGUCGACACGGUGUCCAAACACCAUGGCAUGCCCAGCGACAUUGUGUCGGACCGCGAUCCGCGCUUUACGGCGCGUUUCUGGCAAGAAGUGUUCACACUUCGUGGACCGCAGUUCCCCAUGUCAACUGCGGACCAUCCACAGACGGACGAGCAAACCGAGCGCGGGAACCUGCUCGUAGCCUUGUUGAAGAGGUACGCUCAGUCGUUCCACAACUGGAGCGAUUACUUGCCGAUGGCCGAGUUCGCCAUCAAUAACGCUGUGCAUGCCUUGACAGGGCAUACAUCUGGGGAAGGAUCUACGGUUGCGCUCGAACAACCGCAGAAUACAGCUGAUACGGAUCUAUCAGCUGUGAUGACACGUGUGAGAGUGAGAGCCCGCUCACGACACGGCAACGUGUCAGUGUCGGGCGCUGCCAAUGUGAAGAAUCACGAGCAGGCGACACCUGCUUCGAUCAAGGACAACGUGUCUGUACAUACACCGCGAAGACUCACGCACAGGCCGGGCCUGUUGCACACACAAGCUGGAACUGCUGCGAUCACACACGAAGUGUCAGUGCCGGGCACUGACAUCACAAAGAGCCACGCACAGUCUGGGACUGAUGCAAACCCAAGUGGCGAGUCUGUGCAGAGCACAGACGCGGACAAGGUCAAUGAGUUGGACCCAGUGUUCAGCUCCCAAGCAAUGAACUUUGUCUAG